GGUUCAAAGUACAAGAAGGUCGCAAAGCGAACGUUUCCAGUAUCAACUAUUACGCCCGAAGAGUUCCGUAUCGUCCGCCGCUACCUGCCCGACAUCUUAUCUAGUAUGAAACCUCUGCCUGCCAACCCGCCUUCCUUCCAGCCCGGCACGCGCUACACCGAGGAACGAAGGCGCGCUCAAAAUAUCGACCCAUCCGGCUUCCUCCUUCCAAGCGAGAUUGACCUCGUGCACUGGAUUCUUCGAGAGAACGAGGGUGCACUUGCCUGGAGCGAACUAGAGAAGGGCUCCUUCUCCGACGAGUGGUUCGAUCCCAUCCAGAUUCCGACUGUCGACCACGUUCCGUGGGUCCUCAAGAAUAUCCCGCUUCCACCAGGUAUCCGCAACAAGGUUAUCGAGAUCAUCAAGUCGAAGAUCGCUGCGGGUACUUACGAACCGUCGAACUCUUCGUACCGAUCUGCGUGGUUCUGCGUUCUCAAAAAAGAUGGCACUUCCUUGCGACUC